CAGAAAGGCAGAGGUAAAUUAUCUCCCUCCAUACCCACCAGGAGAGGAUAAGGACAGUCAGGAAGAAGAGAGGAUUCAGUUGCUCACUGAAGUGAAGAAAAAAGACAAUGAGAAGUUGAUCAAAGAAAAAAUGGCUAAAACAUUUGCACACAGACGUCAUGAAAUCGUCAGCCUGUCACCCAGCAUUGAGGACAUCAAAGCUAGAUGGCCUGCUCUGUUUCAGGCCUCUCAUCUGCAGGAUGAAUUCCUAAGGAUUACCACAAUACACCUGGAACCAAAAUUCAUGGCCAAGCUGGAUGAGUAUUCUCCGAAGUUGUUGGCUGUCUUCAAUUCCAAGGGAGGAGCCAUGGGAUUGAAAUUGCAGGGCAUCUUGCUUAAGGCACAAAGCAAUCCAAGCAUCAAUACUACCAGAGAUCUUGUAAUUCAGUGCCUGAUGGUGUACCUCGGGGAACAUACCGAUCAACUCUUCAAGGAGUAUAAUGAUGUUGAUGGAGACAGUGUUUCACAAGACCUCAGUGAGCAACAAAUGAAAAUCUACAAAAUCAAGACCACACUGUCAGAGGACUGGGAUGAUGUUGGUAUCGUGGUUGAGGGGGUGAGAGUUUUGGCUGACCUGGGCAAUGUUCCAAGGGCCUGUGUCAUGCUUAUUGGGUUGGCAUACGCAGUGGAUCUUGCUUAUCCUAAAGAGCUAAGGUACACCUUAGAAGUAUUCCAGAAACUCUUCCUGGAACUGGACUCUACAAGGCUGUCACCAAAAGUGAACAGCCUCAAGAACAAGUUGCUUGCUUAAAUAUGAACUCUUACAGAGCGAAAGGGAUGCGAGUUCACUUUGAGUAAUAUGUGAUAUUCUUUCAAGUUAUGCACUUGCCAAGAUAGACCCAAGAUGGUCCCUGGUGUUUGACAGGUUGUAUUUGUUAUCUUCUUUUGUAUUUACUGUCUAUUUUAUUGGAACAUUAACUGAGUUGGCCUUUUCAAAACUAAGAUGGAUGACACAUAUUGUCAAGCUUAGUUUCUCAUGCACCUUCUUCAGACUUUAAGUUAUUUUUUUUUCUUUUACUAUUACAUGUUCAGUAAUAUUUUCACUGAUGGUGUAU